AUGAUUUGCAUUCAUCCUUCGGUUUGCAUCGAUCCAUCGGUUUGCAUCAAUCCAUCGGUUUGCAUCAAUCCAUCGGUUUGCAUCAAUCCAUCGGUUUGCAUCAAUCCAUCGGUUUGCAUCAAUCCAUCGGUUUGCAUCAAUCCAUCGGUUUGCAUCAAUCCAUCUUGCAACGAUCCAUCGGUUUGCAUCAAUCCAUCUUGCACCGAUCCAUCGGUUUGCAUCGAUCCAUCUUGCACCGAUCCAUCGGUUUGCAUCGAUCCAUCGGUUUGCAUCAGGCAGUUGGUUUGGGGACAGGCACUUGGUUUGGGACAGGCAGCUGAUGUGGGACAGGCAGUUGGUUUGGGACAGGCAGUUGGUUUAGGCCAGGCAGUUGGUUUGGGACAGGCAGUUGGUUUGGGACAGGCAGUUGGUUUGGGACAGGCAGUUGGUUUGGGACAGGCAGCUGAUGUGGGACAGGCAGUUGGUUUGGGACAGGCAGUUGGUUUUAGGCCAGGCAGCCAGGCAGUUGGUUUGGGACAGGCAGUUGGUUUGGGACAGGCAGUUGGUUUGGGACAGGCAGUUGGUUUGGGACAGGCAGUUGGUUUGGGACAGGCAGUUGGUUUAGGACAGGCAGUUGGUUUAGGACAGGCAGUUGGUUUGGGACAGGCAGUUGGUUUGGGCUGGACCGGAGAAGGAUUUUCCCCAUUCACAGUAAGAGAAGGUAAGCCAUUUCCCACAUUAGAGGCAAGAGCGGGGAAAUUGUGGGAUCCUCAAGCAGUCUCCUGCUUCUUGAAUCCACUCGAAUCCGCCGUAUCGACCACACAAGACCUUGAACCCAGAAUAAAGCCUUCAUGA